AUGGCGGACGACUCUACUCCCAUUGAACUCGGAGCUAUCGAUAAGCUCGAACUCCUCCAUGACACUACGGCCGUGAACUGGGCGUCGUUUGAGGACACACUUCACACCCACCUUGGCUCUGUCAUUGUUCAAGACUACUGUCUUCUUGAUGUAGUUCUUGAGCACCCUAACGGCCUUCCACCCGUCCCCCCUCCUCCUCUUGAGCCUCCUCCUCCUGAUGCCCCUCCUCCCCCAGAGCCUCUGUCUGAUCCCCCUCGUGCCCCAGUUCAUGAUGACAACCCAGAUCGAUGGGCGGCCAACUUGAACAACUACAACAAGCUUCGCGAUGCCUACACCAUCCAGCGUGAGGCGCACCGUGCUGCUGAGAAGGCUCACGCUGAUGCUACUGCGCGUAUCUUUUCCUACGCACAGGAUGAGAAAGACUAUGCUGAUGAACUUCGCAAGUUCAACAAGGAUACUGCAGCAUGGCGAAUUGCGGAUCGCCGCGCUCUAGCCAUUAUCUUCUCCUGCAUCCCUUCCCAUCUCAAACGUGACCUCCGCCCCACCUCCUCCUCUGGCCUCUGGAAAACCCUGUCCACUCAGUACGACCGACAGGACCUUCGCUCUCUCCUUGCUCUCUUUCGCAAAUUUCAAGACACCACUCUUGACUCAUCCCCCACUGCUGCUGCCUUCACUCGGCGCCUCAUCGACACUGCGCAACGUCUCAACGACCGCGGCAUUGUCAUUCAUGAAUCACUUCUCACUGCACGCAUCCUCGACUGCCUUCCACCCACAUACGAUACCUACCGCAUCACCUUUACCUCUAGGCUCGCAAAACUCCCUCAGGCAACCACAGCAGCGGCGGAGGUAGCGGCUCAAGCGGUACUGGCGGUGGCGGUGGUGGACGAGGUGGUGGGCGAGGCGGUGGACGCGGUGGUGGUCGUGGUGGCGGCCGUGGUGGGCGUGGCAAAAACCCCUCUCCCUCGGGUACCCUUCCCCCGUGUCAGUACAUCAUUCGCUAUGGCUCCAACAAAGGUCAGCCUUGCGCUCAAACCACUCACACCACUGACACGUGCUUCAAAGCCCUCACUGAUGAGUGGUUUGCACGUGGCAAUGUCGGCACCCCACCUCGAUGGAACACCAUCUUCCCGCGCCCCUCUCUCCAUGACAUACGCACUCUCCCCGCCUAUCAACCCUCCACCCCUAAUCUUCACAAUGUCCUCACUGAGCAUCUCCCACCUCAUAUCCUCCAGCAAGUUCAACAUCUUCUCCCUUCAUCUCCUCCCACUCCCACCCCUCCCACCCCUCCCAUCCCCCCUUCACCCCACACCUCCUCCUCAAGCCCCUCCCCCCCACUAUCCUCCGCCCUAUACCGGCUGGCCAUACCCUCCUUAUCCACCUCCUCAAUACGGCCCUGUGCUUCCUCCACCUGCUACCACUCCUACUGACCAGCCCUCCUCCUCCUCCAAUCCUCCUGGCUUCACUCCGUUCCCUUCUGCUGGAUUCAUAGGACAUGUUAGCACUGCUUCUCCUGCUCCUUCAAUGUAUGCCCAUGCUAUUAAUGAGACAUCCUUCCAGUAUUCCGCUUCUUCCUCCUCCUCUACACUCCUUGAGUUCAUUCUUGACAGCGGCGCUACACACACUGUCCUUCGGGACGCAGGCACACUAGUCCCCCUCCCCACUCCCUCCACCAUUUACGGAGCCGACUUCAGCUUCACCAUCACAAGUCGACACACCUCCACUCUCCCCUGCCCCAUCUUCCCCUCAGGCACAGUCACAGGUCUACACGUCCCCUCCCUACGCAACAAUCUGGUAGCACUUCGUGACCUCCCAAGGUUAGGUGUCACCGCCAUCUUCCCCGGACAUGCACUUCACUGCGACCUCUUUCACACCAUCACUGGUCGCUUCAUCUGUCGUAUUCCCCUCUGCCCACACACAAACCUGUACACAUACCGCACCCCUCGCCCCUCCAUCCACCAACUCACCACUCCCACCUUACUUCCCCCUCACUCCCUUCCCCCCUCCCCUCUCCCCCCCCUCCUCCCCUCCCCUUCUUCCCCCCUUCCCUCCCCUCCCUCCCCCCCUCCUCUUGCCUCCCCUCCCCCCCCUCCUCCCCCUCCCCUCCCUCCUCCCCCUCCCCUCCCUCCUCCCCCUCCUGUCACUGUCGUGACCUUACCCAUCCCGCCGUCCUCCUUCACCAUCGCUUGGGUCAUCCCAACUUUGCCACCCUUCGUCAAUCUGUCUCCUCUCAACUUCUUGAAGGACUUCCCCUCACCCUCCCCCCUCUCCCCCCGUCGCCCUCCCCUCCCUGCUCAGUCUGCGCAAGGUCAUCGCUACCUGCUCAUACUGGUAGAUGACCACAGUCGGUACUCCACUGUCUCUCUCCUUCGCAAGAAGGCGGAGGCCCCGGCUGCCAUUAUUGCCUGGGCUGAACAAGCACGCACCCAUUUCAAACGCCCUGUCUCUCGCUUCCAUUCCGAUGGCGGCGGUGAGUUCCUUAACCGGAUGCUUUCCUCCUACUGCUCCACCCAUGGCAUUAUCCACACCUACACCCUUCCUCAUUCCCCUCAGCAAAAUGGUGUGGCGGAGAGCAGGGUUCGGGAGGUCACCAAGACCGCUCGAUGCCUCAUGGUCCAUGCCUCCUGCCCGCCUUCUCUGUGGGGUUAUGCUAUCCUCCACGCCGCCAUCCUCACUAAUCUCUACCCCCAUCCCUCACGGCCCACCACUACUCCCACCGAACUCUGGACCUCCACUAAACCCGACAUCUCCCCCCUGCGCGUGUGGGGCUCCAAGGCGUAUGUUCUCAUACACCCUGAGGACCGUUCACGUGCAGCUGGGAAACUUGCCUCCCGCACCCUCCCUUGCAUCUUCAUUGGUCAUAACCCCACCUCCCCGGACUACCUCUUCCUCCACCCCCCCUCAGGUCGUCUCAUUCGUAGUCGGGAUGUGGUUUUUGAUGAAGCCAAUCCGUACUACACCUCCCCCUCCGCCCCUAACCCCCUCCCCCUCACCAUACGUCCUCUCCUCUGGACUGACACUGUCAUCACCCCUCCCCUUCAACCUCCCCCCACCCUGGUCAUACCCGCACCCCCACCCCCUCCCCCCUCUCUCCCAACCUCCUCAGGGGACAUCCUUGACCCGGCUGCCCCACCCUCCCCUUCCGCUGUAACUCCCUCUCCCCCCACUGACCCUCCCCCUCUCCCCGCUGACCCCCCCCCUCCCUCCCCACCCCCUCCCCCUCCCUCUCCAUCCCCUCCCCCCCUGAACUCUCCCCCACCCCCUCCCCUCUCCCAACCUCCACCCUCCCCAUCUCCUCCUCCGCCCCCUUCCCCUCCACCAUCUCGGCCCUUACUUUCGUCCCCUCCUCUGCUCCUUCGUCACUACCCUCACACCCGCUCCACAGUCCCCAUCCUUGGUCCCCCACGGUCCAAUCACCUCUCCCUCCGGUCUCUCACAUCCAUUCCACUCCUCCACCACUCUAGCACUUCCCCACUCCCCCGCACCAGCCCCUCAGGUUCUCACACCAGCCGCGCUCCCGUCUCCCUGCCCCUCACGGCAACUCAGCGCAGCAGAGCAGCAUUGCAGCUGUCUCCUCGCCCCGACCCUCGGCGCAGCAGAGCAGCAGUGCAGCCGUGUUCCCGCUCCAGCCUGACCCUCCAGCGCAGCUGUCUUGCAUCUUCACCGCCUCCUCUUCCUCCUCCUCUCUCUCCGGACCUCUAUGAAGACUCUCAUGAUGAACUCCUUUUCCUCCACCUCCUCUCACCCACCAUCGCCCCUGUCGUCCGCACCAUGGCUGGUACUACGGUCCUUCUUUUCUCCAACACCCCCACCAUCUACGAACCCACCACCUACGAGCAAGCAAUUGCAUGUCUUGACGCACCUCUCUGGAUCGAGGCCAUGGUCAAGGAAUGCAACGCCUUCAUCCACAACCGCUCUUUCCUCGACGUCCCUCGCCCCUCCAAGCACAACGUGGUCAAAGGCAGGUGGCUCUUCCGAGUAAAACUACUCCCUGGUGAAGCUCCUGUCUACAAGGCUCGGUAUGUGGCGAAAGGCUUUACACAGACUUAUGGCUCGGACUUCUUCGAGACCUACUCACCUACCGCCACUCCGCCGGUCAUUCGCGUGUUUCUGGACUUCGUUGGCAGACGCGGGAUGCUCCUCCACUCCAUGGAUGUCACCACGGCCUUCUUACAAGGCGACCUCCACGAACUCAUCUUCUUGGAACGUCCCAAGGGCUUCCACGCUCCUCACGACCCUGCCACCGUCUGGAAACUACUACGCCCUGUUUACGGGCUCAAACAAGCACCUCGAGAAUGGCACGCCAAACUCUCAUCCACCCUUCGCGCACUUGGCUUUCGCCCCUCCCGUGCUGCCUCUUGCCUCUUCCUUCGCUUAACUCCGUCACCCUUCUUCAUCCUCGUCUACGUCGACGACAUGCUGCUAGCAGCUGAGACAGCUGCUGAACUUCAGGAGGUCAAGGAUGAGCUGCAGCAACGUCUCGCCUGCAAAGAUCUGGGGGAAGUCCGCAACUACCUUGGCAUGGAGAUCACCCGCGACCUCACUGCCAAGACUAUCACCCUCUCUCAGUCAUUCUACAUCGGGAAGGUGCUCGAGAGAUUCGGCAUGUCCAAAUCCAAACCCAUCCCCACACCACUUGCAUUCGGGCAUCGGCUGUCCCCUCCAGCCACUCCUGGCACCUCCCCUCAUCCCUAUGCAGAACUCGUUGGGGCCCUGAUGUACGCCAUGGUCUGCACUCGUCCCGACCUUGCAUACCCCGUCAGUGUCCUGGCGCGAUUUGUUGGCACUGGCAGGCAUGGUGAGGAGCACUGGAAGGCGGCCAUGCGUGUUCUGCGCUACCUCCAAGGCACAAAGGACUAUGGCCUCACGCUUGGUGGUGUGGACCCACCUGUUCUUCAAGGCUUCAGUGACUCAUCUUGGGCGGAUGCACAGCCGGACCAUCGCAGUUCUCAAGGAUAUGGCUUCUCCCUUGGGAGCGGCCUCAUCAGCUGGCGCUCCACUCGCUCCUCCUCCGUCGCCCUCUCCUCCUGCGAAGCCGAGCUGUACGCAGUCACCAUGGCGGCUCAAGAGGCACGCUGGCUUAGCUAUCUUCUCACCGACCUUGGCUCACCACAGCCCUGCCCCACCCUGUGGUGUGACAACGAUAGUACCAUCCACCUCACCAAGGAGGCCGUCUUUCAUGGUCGCUCCAAACACAUCGAACUCCGCUACUACUUUGUCCGCGAUCUUGUGCAAGAUGGUCACAUCACUGUUCGUAAAAUCGACUCGUCCGCCAACCUCGCUGACCUCUUCACCAAGGCUCUCCAUCGCUCUAACCACUCUGCGCUCCUGCGCCUUCAGGGACUUGCUCCCCGCGGUGGCUGA